AUGUGUUUCGAUGCACAGUCCAGCUGCAAAUCUGAUAGCGAAAUUUAUUCUGGUAUGAAAUGGGCUGUCAAUGGACAGAGUGUGUUAUUGCGCUGUUGUAGUAUAAAAGUUCCAAGUAAAAUCUACGUCGGCACCGAUUUGGUUGCCUUGGGCUCAUAUUACGUCGGCGGACUGGUAGAUAAACGGGACUUAUUCGGUCAGAACGGCCCCGAAUUCGAUUUCAUCUCAAAUAUCCGCACUGAACAAGGAGGCGUGCGUGUGUGGGUGUACCGCGUCAUGUGCGCUGCUGCGGUCCAACAACACGGGGCCAACAGCCUAGACACUGCCCAAAUACAAGAAUCAAACGAUGACCAAGUAGAAUCGACCGCCGUACAACAGGAUGAGGUAAGCAAAACGACACUAAUAAUAAAGAUAAAUAAGAUUAAAUAA